AUGAGUACUAAUAAUCUGGAUCGCCGGAAGAGACGCGCAGAAUCCCCUUCAGGCUCCGCCGCGGAAGGAAGCAGUACCAAUAAGACCGCAAAAUCUUCCAGCACCUCAGCCUACAACCGCAAUUUCGAACAAAAUCUGAUUGAUAAUGGCAUAUACCUACCUGGAUAUAAGUAUCCUAAUGGCCAUAGGCCAGCCAAGCCUAAUAACUGGGUAGAACUUAAUGAACGUUUGGCACAACGUCGAUCUUCCCUCUCGCCUUCGCAGUUCACUGAGGAUGACUUUGAGGAAUUUGUUGAUAAAGAUAUGAAUAUUCGGAAGGAGAAACCUAUUGGCCGUUUUGCUGUUUCCAUUAUUGAAGGCAAUGUUGACGAUAUGAUGACUAUGGGAGAGGACUAUCCAUUUUCGAACCUGGCGCCCCUAACAGAUGGUACUUUGGUAAACGCAAAGCCAGAUCAUUUCUUUGGUGCCCGGCCUGAGCAGCUCGAGUCUCGGAUUCGCAAGGAUCUUAGUUCUUAUAUUGUUCCAUCCUCACAGGAUUCUCUCCCUAUACUCCCGAACUUCUUCCUUGAGACCAAGGGUCCUGACGGGUCCCUUAUGGUUGCUACGAGGCAAGCUUGUUACCAUGGGGCAUUGGGUGCUCGAGGUAUACAUAGGCUUCAGAAUUUUAAUCAAGACGAGGAAUCGUACGAUAGAAAUGCCUAUACGAUAACCUCGACGUACCACGGCGGUAAUCUGAAGAUCUAUACGACCCACCUCGUUCCCAGAGCGAACGGUCGCCCCGAGUAUAUAAUGACUAUGGUUAAUAACUGGGGCAUGACUGGAAGCGUCGAAACGUUCCGACAAGGGGCAUCGGCGUAUAGAAAUGCUUUGGACUGGGCAAAAGAGCAGCGAGAAAGGAUCAUAGAGGCGGCAAAUGAGAGGCUUGCCAGACUCGAGUCAGAGGCUCUCACAUCUGAACAUGUUUCUGAGCCAACAGCUACUCUGGGGAGCUCUCAAACGUCGGCAACGUCUGAUGAAACCGAAGUUCAAGAUACUGCAUGGAGCUUUGCACAGCCUAAUGAUGCUGGUGGCCCUGCAGCUUCUAGUAAGUCUGAUAGCAGACAAGCAGACCGCCCGGGUGGCGGCUCUCUUGCGAACUAG